UCCGGCGGGCAGUUUGAAUUUGGGCUCUGGAACCUCGCGUCUGGAUUUGGCGUUUCGGUCGUGGACCGGUGCGCUCGGUCCCCAGCCGUGGCGCAGGCUCUUCGCUCCAGACUCUCGCGAGGUCGCUGGCUCCGAAGCCGCCCGAGGAGGCAUCGCUUAGCAGGUUCGGGGAGCGGGCGGCACGGCGCCUUCCCCGACUGCGGGUUCCAGCCAGGCGCGGCCAACCCGGGCCUGCGCAAAAUCAUGCUUAAAGGAUGGACUCAGAUCUAGAACAGUUGUGCUCUUAUGUUAACGAGAAGAUUGGGAAUAUUAAGAAAAUUCUGUCGAUAAGAAAUCUUGGCCAAGACCCUGCCCUGAAGACCACCUUAAGUAAAAUAGGAGAUGAGAUCAUUACAGUAAAUGAGCUUCUAAAUAAAUUUGAAUUGGAAAUUCAGUAUCAAGAACAAACUAACCGUUCACUCAAGGAGCUCUGGGGAUCUCUUGAAGAAGAACGUAAAGAUGUGGAGCAUCUCAAAGAGCACGUUCCUCCCCAUUUGCCUCAGCUGACAGCGACCCAGAGCUUAGUUCACAAGCCAGCUCUGGAUCCUAAAGAGUCAGAUAAAGUUGAGGAGCCUGUACUACCAAAGAAGCCUCCCAAAGAGCAGAGAAUUAUUAAGGAAAUGCACUUUAUAACUAUGGAUGAAUUCAAUGGCGUUCCUACGUACAUGAAAUCCCGUUUAACAUAUUGUCAAAUUAAUGAUAUUAUUAAGGAAAUUAACAAGGCAGUAGUUAGCAAGUAUAAGAUUAUGCAUCAACCAAAAGCAUCUAUGAGCUCUGUGAAGAGAAAUCUCUACCAGAGAUUUAUUAGUGAAGAAACGAAGGACACGAAAGGUCAUCAGUUCAUCGUGGAAGCCGACAUAAAGGAAUUCACGGCUUUGAAAGUUGACAAGAAGUUUUAUGUGAUCAUGCACAUUUUGCGGCAUUGCCACAGACUGUCAGAGGUCCGAGGGGGAGGACUUACACGAUAUGUCAUAACCUGAGGCUUUUGAAGACUUGGGACUGAUUGGCAGUAGGAUAUAGAGGGUAGUCUUGAAAUUUCAUGUAUGUUUUUAGCUUCUCUAUUUCCUGACCUUGUUUAUUACAGAAGUAAAACUUUGGAUAAAGC